UGAUCAGUGGUCACAGUCAACGGCCUCAAAGUUCCUGGCUAUUUGGACCACUGCAGACAACACCUUUCUUGGCUACCCCACUCUGAACUCCAGACGCCAUGAACCCUCCCUCUACAAAGGUCCCCUGGGCCGCCGUGACGCUGCUGCUGCUGCUUUUGCUACCGCCCGCGCUCCUGUCGCCGGGAGCGGCAGCGCAGCCCCUGCCCGACUGUUGCCGCCAGAAGACGUGCUCCUGCCGCCUCUACGAGCUGCUGCAUGGCGCGGGCAACCACGCGGCCGGCAUCCUCACGCUGGGCAAGCGGCGGCCGGGACCCCCUGGCCUCCAGGGCCGGCUGCAGCGCCUCCUGCAGGCCAGCGGCAACCACGCAGCCGGCAUCCUGACCAUGGGCCGCCGCGCAGGCGCAGAGCCAGCGCCGCGCCCCUGCCCCGGGCGUAGAUGUCCCGCCCUGGCCGCUCCCUCUGCGGCGCCUGGGGGACGGUCUGGAGUCUGAGACGUUGCUCUGGCUGGGUUCUGGCCCUGCCCUCUCCUCGCUGCCCGCCGGGUGUCAGCCCUCAGAAAAAGGGCAAUAAAGACGAGUCUCUGUUAGUGAA